CAUCGUUGAUACUAGUUCUUACAAGUAUUUACGAGUCUUGAUUUCCUUUAACGCGAUCCACGGGCUCUCAAGAGAAAUUCUAGGAAUAGACUCACGCAUGUGAGUAUAUACGCUGAGGCAAAAACCCGUCGAAGAAGCGGAUUCAGUGGAAGAACCUGAGCUCGUUUGUACGUAAACCGCUUCAGCCGUGGAUCGCAUAAACGAGGGUGGUCAAACGGCGGUGUCGAAGCCCCGAAAGUCCCGUCACAAGAAGCCAAAAAACGCUAGCGCCAAUUCCAAGGCAAAAGCUAUGGCAACUCCUUGCGGCGAGUACCGAAAAGAGAUCCAGAAGUGUAACGCACAGACAGGGACACAGGCGACGAAUCAACCGCCGUGUUCCAUGCCAGCGAUUCAGAAUCAAACUAGCUCGACACCCCCAAUGCGACCAAGAUCUCUCUACACGGCGCAUAGUUAUCACGCGCAAACAGAAGAAACUAACUUUCAGCGGUACAGUGAAUUUUCCAAGUACUUCGAAGCACCUCCGUCGGAACAAUGGGGCGGAUUAGCUAGCGCAACAGCAUUCUCUAAUUCAACAGCGCUUUGGCGGCACCCUCGAAACUCUAAAACUAUCGCACCUUACUACGAAGAGACGUCCGUCUACGCGGAGAAUUGGAGGGAACACAAUACCGAUGCUGCUAUAGUUGCCACGCCAUACGGAACCAUUUCCUUGAGACUUCACAAUAGGAUCUGUGUCGAUAUGACGAUUGAUCGUGCGGUCAGAGUUAUCAAUUUCAAGAAUAACAUCGUGCUAUCGUUAAGCGGUUCUGGAGCAGCUGCGGCAUUACUACACCCUAAUGGAAGAAUAUAUCAGUACGGAUCGCGAGUCGAAAUCUUGGCUCACGAUGCUCACGGCAACAACAAAUACGCGAAGAUGUGGUAUAAAGGUGUCAGCUUCACUUCGGAACAGUGCGCCCUUGUAUAUUUAGUGGAUACAGCAGGAACAAGAACGACCACGGACUCGUUUUCUGAUAUGAGUCAGGAUUUCUCUCUAAGCGUUUUUUACUCUCGUUCGCGGCAUGGUCCAGCAUGCUUACAAGAAGCAGCAGCGGCUUUGAGCGCAGCUCAGUAUUGGUUGACCAACGAAGGCGUAGAAAAUUGGAUCAUUAAUAACGUUAGAGUCUCUCAAACCCCUGAUGGUCUCGUUAGGAUCGCACGGAACAGUAAUAAAUAUCAAUUACGCACGUCGCCUAGUAAUGGAACGGCUUCGUUAACGACACCAUUUUUACAUUGCACCGCUUCCCUUGGUCAAACAUCUCAUCUUUUUGUGCGUCGCGGCGAACGACGAAUGCAUUACGACGGGACUAGUUUUAUCGUACGAAACGCGGGUCACAGUGCUGGAUUUGAUGACAACAAUCAACUAAAAGUUUACUAAGAAAUCCUAACGUGAACUCAUUGCCGUGAGCUUAAUCAAGGUUUACGCAAUUAUCGCAUCCAGUAUAUAGAUUCACUUUUAACGUCGUAAAAUAUACAUACAGCUACGUGGAAACGAAAAGUUACUCCUUUGGAACUAAUCUCUGAUAAAGUGACCUAACGCCCGAAACCUACAAUACAUUAUCCCCAGUUUUGAAGUUCAGAAAUUUACUUUAAUUCCACUUUAAGCAUGUUCAGUAAUUUAAUUGUAUUAACUUCAUUUAGAGCCUGUGCAAAACAGCUACAAUGAGAUAGAGUACAACGUAUUCUAUAAACGGUUUUUUUAAAUUUGGAACGAUUGAUACUUUCACUGACUUGUUCCUUAUAAUUAUUUUGUACUCUUCCUAAUAAAACUUAAAUACAAACACCA